UGCACGCAGUGUAUAUACAGAUGGAUCAGGUUUAUUAGUUUCACCCUGUCAUCGUCAAGCAGAACACACAGAGGGUCUCAUUGCUCCUCAUGCUAACCAGAUAAAUCGGUCAAAGGUGGAAUUUUGUAGCAGCAUAGUGAAAUAUUUCUAAGCCGAAUUUGCAUUUAAGUCCAUAUGAUUCAGAAAACACCUUCAAUGAAGGUGAACCGACGUGUCACUGAUGAAAAAAAGCAGAUUAAGUUGUACUUGCAUAUUCGCUAAGGGGGGUUCAGCAUUCUGUUGAAACGUCCCAGAACAACCGCAGCUCCUCAGGACUUACCAGAGUUUAAUCCGGAACAAAAGGAGAGUCUGAGCUCUUAUCCGGGCUGUCCCCUCGGCUUUCACCGGACUACAGGACGGUAUAUGAUCAGAUCCUGAUGAAAUGUACAAUAUGUUUCUCAGGCGGCGGCUAAAGCUACAGGAUAACAACACUGCACGGCACGUUGAAUGCCACGUCACUGCGUCAGCAAAAGACGCACUGAGGCCACUCCGUGACGUCAUCCUCUCAGCGCGGUCUCAGUAUGUUCAGGUGGUGAGCGCCAUCCUCAUAGCGGUGGGGACCUACGCCAAGAUCGCCAAAGAAAAAAAUGUGGUCGACACUCUGGCAUUUGACCCAGCCCUGCUGUUGAUCGUUGUUGGCUCUGUGAUGUUCCUCAUCACCUUCCUAGGAUGUUUCGGAGCCCUCCGUAACAUCAUCUGCCUGCUGAAGACGUUCCUGGCCAUCCUGACGGUGAUACUAAUCCUGCAGAUCGCUGCCGGAGUCGUGGGAUACCUCUUCACUGAAAAGGUGAUGGAGAGGACGGAGAGGCUGAUGAUGAGGGCCAUCAUCCGCUACAGAGAGGACCCUGACCUGGAGAAUGCCAUUGACUUCGUCCAGAAGAAGUUUCAGUGCUGUGGAGUAGAGAGCUAUAAGGACUGGUCCCAUAACGUCUACUUUGAGUGUUCAGACAACAACCCCAGUCUGGAGGCCUGUGGGGUUCCUUUCUCUUGCUGCGUCAGUCUGCAGAACCAGACGGUGCUGAACACUAUGUGCGGUUUCGGGGUGAAUCAGAUGGAGGAGAGCUUGGUCGGUGAAGAGGUUUUCACCAUCGGCUGUUUGGAGAAAAUCGUCUGGUGGGCGAAGAACAACCUGCUGUUGGUGGCCGGUCUAACCGCUGGUCUGCUGCUGCUCGAGAUUGGGAUGAUCUGUUUGGCUGCUGCUCAGAUCUCCAAGAUUAAAAAAGUCCAACUGCAGAAGAAAGAAAAUGAAUACAGAAGCCGAUCAGAAAGAAAGGAGAGCUACUGGUUUCCUGCUUUUGCAGAAUUUGAUGACGAAUAAAAUCAGCUUCAUUUGGAGAAAUCUGAAGCUGACAAAAACAUCUGAAAAAACAAACUAAUUCUAAAAGCUGAAUGUGUAAAUGGAGACAAACUGUGUUCACCCUGUGAAUUCUUAGAUUAGGUUUAUGAAAUGAAUGUCUUCUGUGUCACAGUGUGUGGCCAUAUUGUGCUGUGGUCCUUUAAACUACCUCAUGAAAUCCUUUUAAAUCUCUUUAGAGUGAAUGUUUUUAUAAUAUAAGCACUGAAUAGCUGCACAUUCAGCAUUUGUAAUGUGGUGAACUGUUUGUUUCACUCUGUGAAAGUUUAUAUUUUAAAAUGAUCAAAAGUUCAUAAAAUUGACCCACUUUAUGACCUUGUUUAUAUCUUAUUUUCUUAGAAUAACAAAUGUGUUGUGUGUGUUUGCAGUGUAUUUACUGCUGAAUGUGCACAAUCCUGCCGAGAAUAAAGCUUCACUUUUUUAUUUGUU